AUGUCUGACACAGAAUGCGUAAUGGAGCAGGCAAUUAUUGGAGAAGCAGCAAAAGAUGCCCUCUGCUCCUCAUCUGAACCACCUGAUCCAGAUCGAUCAGCGGAACCGCCUCAGGAUGAUUCCUCGGUGAGCGAUGAGACCCAGAAGUGUUGGUUUGAAGUUUUUGGCAAUUGUUAUCCCUCUAUUUAAAA